UUCAAUGAUCCUCUGGGGGGUUGAAUUAGCGAAAAAAAAAAAAAAAAAGGGAAAAUGAGUAUGUUUCUGUCAUCAUCGUCAGUGGUCACGAUUUUCGCCCUGCUGUUGAACGGAAACGAUUGUAAAGUUGAAGUGAGCCGAACGAAAGUUUUUCCAGCUACUGCAACAAUUGCCAAGACGAGAAGAAAAGAAUAAAAAAUCGAGAUAUUAGCUGCCACUAUAGACUACCGUGCCAUUUUCACCGGAAUUCCUUAUAGACUGAAGCAUUUUAUCCUCAGGGCGUCUUUUCGUUUGAAAAAAAAAAAAAAAUCGGUUUUUUCUAAACGAGUUGAGACGCAAAGCCACUCCAACAUUUUAGCCAAUUGUCAAAGAAUUCAUUGGAUUUGCAAAAGAAGAAAAUGGAAGCUGGGCAGCAUCUCGUUUUGCACGUGCAGGAAAAUGGAUGAACCAUUGACCCGUGCACUUUCAAACUGUCCAAAACUGCCAGCAAAAGAAAAAGAGUUGGGGAGAGUGUUUUCCUUAGAUGUUCUGGACGUUGUCAUCCAAUUUAGGAAAGAGACCCUUCAAAUAUGCUGCCCGUAUGUAUGCACACCAAUGUUUGUUUAGUGUUUUCUCUCGAAAGAGAAAGAAACAGAGAGAAAGGCCAAAAGAAGAUUGUCUACCCGGCCAUUUAGGAGUUGCCGGGAGAAAUCGAGGUGAAUACGGCAACGUUGCGCCCGCCUCUUCGACCGACCAACUUCUGUAGGAAAAGAACGAAAAUGCCUUGGGGUUCCUUUACCUUACCUUUCCUCUCGUGUACAGGUUUCAGUUGUGACUCGUUGGUCGUCGAAGGAAGGUUAGUCGUUAGUGCGUUCGUGUGUUUUCUCGUGAAAUAUGAAUGUGAAUCACGCCGCAUCUAAAACUCACUCGCUCAAAAUUAACUGUGCCCCAGUGUAAAACACGUGGUGAUUUUGCAACAUCCAUACCGAAACUUGUUAAAUCGCGUGAAUUUCAAUCUUGCUAAUUUUUUCGGCAUCAAUUAAUCGUGAAUCCAUUGUUCAAAAAAAGAAUUAUCCGGGAAAAAUUUAACGACAUCAACUGAUUUCAACGAUAUUAUUCGAUCUGGGUCUUGUCGGUCGAAUUCCACUAACGGGUCAAAUCCGUAAGAAGCUUCGAAAGAAUCCAAUCUAAAAUUAUUUCGACUUUCAAAGACAUCGAGGAAAUUGACCUUUUUGCUUCGACUAUUGACCCCGGAUUAUUAUUUUUUUUUUAAAAUCAAGUCCGGGAGAUCUAGACGAGACAAACAUAUUCGUACGAAAAACACCAACAGACAGGGGGUCCAUCAACGAUGAUGUUGUGAUGGCUCGAGUGGAUCUAGCCACCGGGCUCGUCCUCUUCUUGUGGUCGUCGCUUGUUCUCGUCUCUGCCCAUCCACCACACGCCUCAGCCGGAACGACAGGAUCUUUUAAACAAGGUCGAACGGAGGUUGAUCCAUGGCGCCGUCACGGGGAAAGGUUUGAUGGCGAUGGGGAUCCAGUUCAAGACGAUUGGUCGGCCGGAUUCGGGCGGCGAUUGUCGGCAAUCCAGCGCAGACAAGGAUCGCCCUCGCAACAGACGCCGGACCAAUUUAGGGCGCAAUUGAGGGCCAAAGCGGAAGUGAUCUAGCACGACCACAACAACAACAACUACAACUCCCACCGUUAACAAAGCGGAAGCACCCGCCAGUAUCAUCCGGUUGAUUCGCAAACGGCUGCCAGAAAAUCGGUUUCCACCAACUUCCGACGCUAUCGGCAAAUUAGCGAACGGAACGCUCGUCAACGAGACUGUCCAGCCGGCGCUCGGCGAGGUCACCGAGGAGUCGUUCAUCUCAGCCGAGACGGCCAUCGUCGAGCUGCGUGAAAUCGGAUUGGCCAACAUUCAUUUAAUGCCUGCAGCCAAUUUGACGGAAGCUCCGCAAACCACAUCGACCACGUCCACCACAAUCGCCCCAACAUCUUCGUCGACUGCGGCCUCUCCGCCAUCGACGACAACAACAGCAACGACGUCGACGACGACGACGACGACUUUAUCGUCAUCGAAUAAACCUCCGUGGAGGGUGCGGAUGGAGCUCAAUCAAAGCAACCGUCGCGGCCAAUCCACCACUGCCAAGCCGGCCGUCGAGGCUGCCGUCCCUUGGUCAGCGCUUCCGCAGCCAUCGAUCAGCACGACGACGUUUCCGACGCUUCCGAAACAAGAAUUUUCACCGGAUGCGAGGAAUAAUUCAUCCGCCGAAGCGGCCGUUGUCGUAAUGCCGACCGUUCCGGCCUUGCAAUCGAGCCAGAACGAAAACUCUGCACCAUCGUCGUCUGUUCUUGCGGCUGUGAUUUUGUCGACCGUGGCUGCCAACUCGGCCAACAGCCGACCCAUCCAAUCCAGCCGGAUUGCGGUGUCCAGUAGUCUAAGUCCUCCGCCGCCCGCGGGGCUUUGGACUCCGAUCGUUCGGCUGCCGGUGACCGGAUCGAGGAACAUUCCGUCCGGAACGCUCAAGAUUCAAAUCACGUCGACUCGACUUGCGCCUUUGUCUGUGGCGUCGUCGACUCCCGAUCCGAAGCUGAUGGAAUCUGGCGAAUUGGCUGAUGGCGAAUCGCAAGAGGACGAAGACAACGUCGUGAAGACGGCGUCGUCUAGCAGCAGCACGACGUCCGGCAGGAUUUACGCCACGUCUACGACGACGAGGACGUCGACUUCCACGACCAGCACAACGACGGAAGCGCCUACUGUGACGACGAGGAGAGCUCAUCCGCCGACGCCGAUCAUGCACACGCUGGAAGACAUCCUCCAGCGUCUAGUACCUGCCAGAGAUCACGACAGUUUCGGCGGCAAUCCGUUUCUCGCCGUGCCGGUCGUUCAUCGUCCGGUGGUGCCGCCAACGGCGGAAGAUGCCAACGAGAUCGUUUCCGUCGCCGAUCCGGUACUGCGCGCCAGCGUCGGCAUAUCGAGGACGGGCUCGAUCAGCGACUCGCCGCGCAACGAACGAAAUCAAUCGAGUAGCGGGAGCAACAACUGGGCCAGCGAUUCGAGUAAGGAAAACCAAGUGGCCACCACGUCCAUCUAUGUGGUGGGCGUCGUGGCCGUCAUUCCGUUGGCCGGUUUAAUUUUGUGGAUUGUCCGCGUUCAGCUCCACAAGCGACGUGAGAGAUUGAACGAGUCGGAAACGUCAUCCGAAACGGGUUUCCGUAAGAGAUUGCCACCUGUGGCUCUGACUCCGUCUAAACACGCCCGUCUCUUUUACGGGGCCAACGAUAAAGAAGAUUUAGUGUCCGGCUCGGUGUCUCCCGGCGGCAACAACGGACCGGCGGGAGGUAAAUCUGCUUCAUCUGCAUCGCCCUGGGAGUUUACACGAUCCCGUUUGCGGUUGCAAACGCUCAUUGGCGAGGGCAAUUUCGGCCAGGUGUGGAAGGCGGAAGCGGAGGACAUUUGCGGCUGUCAGGGCACUCUCCUUGUAGCCGUCAAGACGGUCAAGGAUGGCGCGGCGGCCAAAGAGAAGCAGGAACUGUUGCGAGAAAUGAGAAUUAUGCAACAAGUCGGGCCGCAUCCCAACGUCGUUGCCUUGCUCGGUUGUUGCACCGAACAGGAACCCUUCCUGCUCAUCAUGGAGUACGUCAUGUACGGCAGAUUGCUGACGUUCUUGAGAGACCACAGGAGCCAUCAGACGUACUAUAAUUACUCGACGGACAGCGAAGCGUUGACGUCCAGAGAUUUGACCACCUUCGCCUAUUGCGUAGCUAAAGGAAUGGAGUACAUCUACAGCAAAGGGGUGGUGCAUCGAGAUUUGGCGGCGCGUAACGUGCUCGUCGACCACAACAAAUUAUGCAAAGUGGCUGAUUUUGGGUUGUCGCGCUCCGUUCGGGACACGGCGGGCGAGAUGUACGAGCAGAGGGUCAAGGGUGCAUUACCCAUCCGAUGGAUGGCUCCUGAAUCGCUGAUCCAGAGCAUCUUUACCCAAAAAUCAGAUGUUUGGAGUUUCGGCAUCCUCGUCUGGGAAAUAGUCACAUUAGGAUCUACGCCUUAUCCGGGGAUGGAAGCGCGAGAAGUGAUGCGUCGCGUCAAGGACGGCCACCGAUUGGAACGUCCCAGUCACUGCCGGCCGGAAUUCUACCGGCUGAUGUCACGAUGUUGGCAUUCAGAUCCUCAGAGACGGCCCGAUUUUGGCGAACUCAAAUCCGAAUUGGGCCAAUUGCUCGAUGAUUCUGACGGCUACAUUGAUCUAGACAGCUUCCAGGAAUCCAUCUACGUGCCGCUGCAGUCACCUAGCGACGAAAGCGAGAAAGUCUGAGUCAACAAACGGCGCAUACAUUUGCAUUAUUUCUUCUGCGGUUUGCUCAUCAUCAUUUCAUUGCGGCCUCCUUUUUGUUUUAUUUUAUUUUUUUAAGGGAGCGGAUAGGGGGAGUUCACGCAUCGCUCCAUUUUUGACUCGAUUUCCCAUCGUCCCACAGUUAAUUUCAUUUCAUUAAAAAAAAAAAAAUUGAUCUUUUAACGAGCCGCGCAAAACCCAAACUUGGCAGGCCGAUUGCAGCGCUUUUGUUGAAUAUUUAAACAUUCCCCCCUUUUUUUAAUGGUUUUUCUUUCUUAAUUAUUAAUAUCUUUUUUUGUUUUCUUCCUUUGCGUUCCGCAAUUUGUUCGAGUCCUCCGCAAUGGUGGGAGAAAAAACAGGAAACAAAAAAGAAAAUUACAAAUUGGAAUAGCUCAAAGGAAACAAAAGUAGAAUGUGAGAUAGGUUGUUUUUUUUUGUUUUUUUUUUUCCCGAUUGUUACAUACCGGAUACCGCCAAAAAAAUUUUAAAGAAAAAUGUGUGUUAAUCGGCUCAUUAAAACGAAUUGUUUUUAACAAAAUGGAUCGACCGACCUACAACUGAGGACACAAUGAGGACGACAAACAUUUGCUGAUAAUUUACAUGGAAUUUUGAAGGAAAAAAAAAAAAGCUUUUAAAAUUUUCUUUUUUUCAAAUUUCCCACCGUGUAGCAAAGAAACAAUAACUUCUUUUGUCGGUGUAAAAAAAAUUUUUUAUAUCCUGACCGAAAUGAUCGCCUACUAUUUUCCCAUUGCCACCCAUUAUCUGUAGGCCUAUUUUGCUACUUGCUCUGUAUGUUGUACAUAAUAUAAUAUCGUAUAUCUCGUUUCUAAUUUUUAUUCCUCUCUCUUUCUCACUCAUUUUCUUCUGAAGAAUGUUUGCCAUUUUAAUCAUUACACCAGGUCUCGUGAUUGAUUGCAUAAUUAUUAUUUUUUUUCUUUCUUCAUCGCUAGCCACAGUACGAAAAGAAUACCCAUGCCUUUUAAACAUCUUCAUUUCAACCCGAAAAAAAAAAAAAAAAAAAUCAAGUUAAAUACAUCUCGUUAUCUCGUG